GACGGAGCGGCCCAGACCACGGAGCCCUGGCAGAGGCGGGCUGAGAAACGAGGAAGGGGUGGGGAGCCGGGGCUGGGUGUGCUUCCUGCCAGGCUCCUGGCGGCCCGCCCCAGCGCCCUCCCGGCGGGCCCAGCCGAGUGGAGCCGAGCCGGGGCUGCACGGCCCCUCCUGCCUCCGCGGCCACCCAAUCAGCAGGCGCCCCCCGCCCGGCCCGCCCCCUCCCCCUCUGGUGACAGAAAGUCGGCCCAGCAGAUGAGGAAGUGGCAAGCAGGUUGGCUCUGGGGACUUCUCUCUGGCCCUGCACCUUCUCGAGCCCUCUACUACUGUCCAUCUGGCCCCCCGCUGAAUCCCCAACCAGGAUGGAGGCUGUUGUGAACUUGUACCAGGAGGUGAUGAAACAUGCAGAUCCCCGGAUCCAGGGUUACCCAUUGAUGGGGUCUCCCUUGCUAAUGACCUCCAUCCUUCUGACCUAUGUGUACUUCGUUCUCUCACUUGGACCUCGAAUCAUGGCCAAUCGUAAACCCUUCCAGCUUCGUGGUUUUAUGAUUGUCUACAACUUCUCACUGGUGGCAUUUUCCCUCUACAUUGUCUAUGAGUUCUUGAUGUCUGGCUGGCUGAGUACCUAUACCUGGCGCUGUGACCCUGUGGAUUAUUCCAACAAACCGGAGGCACUGAGAAUGGUUCGAGUGGCCUGGCUCUUCCUCUUCUCCAAGUUCAUUGAGUUGAUGGACACAGUGAUCUUUAUUCUCCGGAAAAAAGAUGGACAGGUGACCUUUCUGCAUGUCUUCCACCACUCAGUACUUCCUUGGAGCUGGUGGUGGGGAGUAAAAGUUGCCCCAGGAGGAAUGGGUUCUUUCCACGCCAUGAUAAAUUCUUCUGUGCAUGUCAUCAUGUACCUAUACUAUGGAUUGUCUGCUCUUGGCCCUGUGGCUCAGCCCUACCUUUGGUGGAAAAAACAUAUGACGGCCAUUCAACUGAUCCAGUUUGUGCUGGUUUCACUGCACAUUUCUCAGUACUACUUUAUGCCCAGCUGUAGCUACCAAUUCCCAGUCAUCAUCCACCUCAUCUGGAUGUACGGCACCAUCUUCUUCGUGCUCUUCUCCAACUUCUGGUAUCACUCUUAUACCAAAGGCAAGAGGCUGCCACGCACACUUCAGCAAAAUGGAGCUACAGGUACAGCCAAGGUGAAGGCCAACUGAGUACCAUGGCGUAGCCAGGAGCCCACCUAAGUGCCUCAGGACUGCACCUUGGGCAGCAUCUGUCAAUGUCCUCCCCACCUAUACCUGUGACCAGGGCUUGUGGUCAGGACUGACUGAGCGGGGGACAAACUUUCCCCUCCUUACAGCUGGUACACAGGGACCACUGCUUCCGUUCCUCACCUACUUCUCCUGGUCAGCCCCCAGGAAUGUGGCCUCAAUGCCCUCUGACACUCCAGAGCAGAAGGCUAGAAGGGCUGGACACUUAAUUCUCCCUCUUGCCUUAAACUUGGGAGAGGAACACUCAGGGCUGGCCCCCAUAGGGUCUUCUGGCUUUUUUUCUCACACUGAAAAGGUCAGCAAUAACCUGUCACUGUGGAUCAGGCUCCCUCCAUCCUACACUAAAAUGGGAGCUUCUUGGCCAAAGGUCAGGGUGGGUGAGGGGCCUGGGAAUACAGCCUGUGGAGGCUGCUCACUCACUUAAAUCUUAAUUAAACAUGACAGAUAAAACCACA